UGGCUGCUCCGCGGACCUUCAGUCUCCGUGAGAUUUACCUCCGGGAGUCUGCCUUCCUUCUGGCUCCAGACGGGAACGUAAGAAGUUUAGCGUGGCUGGAACUGAGCAGAUUAAGGGAGUGGAGCUUGGACUGGGUGGAGGAGGUUGAGGACUGCAAGUGCUGGAGGGUAGAGAGAGACAACUGUUUGUCCCAUCUCCCUGGAAAGAAAAAAAAAAAGCAUUUUGGAAAAGACAGACGUGACAAAAGGUGUCUCUGAAAUGCCUAAAAGAGCCCAGGCAGUGAUGAUCGCUGAGUAGCACUGGGCUAAACCUUGACUGUUUCUAAGAGGGAUGCUAGCAGUUAGGAAAGCAAGGAGGAAACUCAGAAUGGGGACAAUCUGCUCCCCGAACCCCAGCGGGACAAAGACAUCAUCGGACGUCUGCAAUGCCGACUGGAUGGCCUCGCUGCCCCCUCACCUCCACAACGUCCCCCUUUCCAAUCUGGCAAUCCCAGGCUCCCAUGACUCAUUCAGCUACUGGGUGGAUGAAAAGUCUCCGGUGGGGCCUGACCAAACCCCGGCUAUCAUACGCCUCGCCAGGAUCUCCUUGGUGAAGAAGCUGAUGAAGAAAUGGUCUGUGACGCAGAACCUGACCUUUCGAGAACAGCUAGAAGCUGGGAUCCGCUACUUUGACCUGCGUGUGUCCUCCAAGCCAGGGGAUACUGACCAGGAAAUCUAUUUCAUCCAUGGACUUUUUGGCAUCAAAGUCCGGGAUGGGCUGAUGGAGAUUGACUCCUUUCUGACGCAGCACCCAAGAGAGGUUAUCUUCCUGGAUUUCAACCACUUCUAUGCCAUGGAUGAGGCCCAUCACAGAUGCCUGGUUCUCAGAAUCCAGGAGGCCUUUGGAAACAAGCUGUGCCCCACCUGCAGUGUGGAGAGUAUAAUGCUGAAAACCCUGUGGGAAAAGAAAUGGCAGGUUCUUAUCUUCUACCACUGUCCCUUCUAUAAGGAAUACCCCUUCUUGUGGCCAGGAAAGAAGAUCCCAGCACCUUGGGCAAACACCACAAGUGUGCGCAAACUACUCCUCUUCUUGGAGACCACCCUGGGUGAGCGGGCCCCUUAUGGCACCUUCCAUGUCUCCCAAGCUAUUCUCACCCCAAGAGUGAAGACUAUCGCCCGCGGCCUGGUGGGCGGCCUCAAGAACACUCUGGUUCACAGGAAUCUCCCUGCUAUCCUGGACUGGGUGAAAAUGCAAAAGCCUGGAGCCAUGGGAGUCAACAUCAUCACCUCUGACUUUGUGGAUCUGGUGGACUUCGCCACGACGGUCAUUGAAUUGAAUGACCUCCUACAGGAGGGCCGAGCUUUGGCUAAAUGCUGA